UAUCAAUCUGAACUCCAGAAAGAUGUUUAGCCUUUUGUGUUACUUGUUAACAUACCUGACUCUUCUUUACGCCCAAUGUAAGAACUAUCCUGAGGUAAGCAAUGCAGAUGUUAGCUAUGCUGAAAAUUGCCAAGAUGUGACUAUUACAUGUAAAACAGGGUACCAAAUGAUACAGCAGAUGACAUGUACAAACAACGUGUGGAUGUAUCAACCAUGCUGUCAACUAAAACCUAUAUCAUGUAAUGCAGCAAUGCGAUAUAGAACAAUUGACGGAACGUGUAACAAUCUACACAAACCACGAGACGGAUCCUUUAAAGAUACUCUUCUAAGACUGGUACCUAAUGCAUAUGAGGACGGAAAGCAUUUGCCACGGUUUAACGGUUUUGAUGGAUAUCUACUUCCUAGCGCCGGGGAAAUAUCUCAAAAAGUCCUCACUAACGUAAGUGAACCUGCACUUACACCACUUGCCAAUUUACACCAGGUGUUUGGCCAGUUUCUAGCCCAUGACAUCGUCCUAACAAAAACAUUGAAAACACCUAGUGGUGGGAACUAUAAAUGUUGUAAAGGUACGGGUAUCGAUGAAACCUUGGGUUUAAGAGGUGAACCCUGCUAUCCUAUUAAAUGGCCCAAUCCAGUAGGCGACGAUGGAUGUGGAAACUUUGUCAGAGCAGUUGGCGAGAUAGACUGUAAAUCACGUGUAAGAGAGCCGACUAAUUUUAUAACAGCUUUUGUGGAUGGAUCUGGCGUAUAUGGAUCAACUGAAGAUGAAAGUAAUUCUCUAAGAUCGUUUGUAGGAGGGAAGUUGACGAUUAGCGCACACGCACUCUUACCUGCUAGAAGUAAUCCUGAUGAUAAAUCAAAUUGUAUCCUGUUUACAGACAAUGAUUUCUGUUUUGAUGCUGGUGAUAAACGAGUCAAUGAAGUAUCUGGUUUGACCGCUCUUCACAUAGUGUUUAUGCGUUAUCACAACCUAAUUGCACAACAACUAUCCACAAUGAACCCUUCAUUGGAUGAUGAAAUUCUAUUUCAAGAAACAAGAAGAAUCAUUGUCGCUAUAAUACAAAAGAUAACUUAUCAGGAAUAUCUACCAUUAUUGAUAGGACCAGCUGCUAUGAGUCAAUAUGGACUAACAGAACCGUAUUCCUACAAUCCCAAUAUAUCUCCCGGUGUCUUCAGUAGUUUUAGUGCAGCAGCGUUAAGAUAUGGUCAUUCUUCCGUACCUAAUAAGUGGACAUAUGGUAAUAGUCGACUUCCGCUCUCUGAACUGUUUCAGAGGCCAUUUUAUACUCAAACUAGAGAUGGAGAAGGUUACGAGGAUACGAUUAAGGGAAUGCUUGUAGAUUCUAGUCAAGAAAUAGAUCUAGCAUUUAAUGGAGGUUUUCAAGUUGAUUUGUUUAAUACCGACGCAUUUGCUGGAAACACUCUUGCAGCAAUUAACAUACAGAGAGGCCGAGACUUCGGGCUACCAUCGUAUAACACAUUCCGUGAAGCUUGUGGACUUCCUAGACUUAACUCGUUUAAUGACGGAACAGCUCAGUUUAAUAGAUUGCAAAUGGUUUACUCACAUGUUGACGAUGUUGAUCUGUAUAUCGGCGGACUUUCAGAAGAUCCAGUAACCGAUGGUUUUGUUGGACCAACAUUUGCUUGUAUCAUUGGUCGACAAUUCAAGAUUCUGAAAUUCGGAGAUCGAUUCUGGUUUGAAAACGCACAACCCUCAAACCCUUCUGGAUUCUCUGAAGGGCAGAUGAAUGCAAUCCGUAAUCUGACGUUCUCUCGAGUUUUUUGUGUUGCCGCCAACAUUUCCAGUAUUCCCGCCUUCGCGUUUUCUCAUGAAGCUAACGAUAAUGUGUUAGCACCAUGUGCUGACUUUUCAAUUCAUCAGCGAUUUGAUUAUGAGCCCUGGAGAAAUUUACAGGGUAUUUAAAGUCUGGGUAGAAGAUUUGGAACUGUUGAACCGAUUAUUUUAUUAAUUAUAUUAAACUUUCUGCAUGCA